AUGUCUACCUCCUCCUCCCUGGCUACGCUCUCCAGGAGACUCUGUCGCUCUCUGCACUCAAAUCCUAUGAAUGUACUCUCUACGCGCUUCUGCACCACCACGACCACCGACCUCUCCUCCUCCUCCAGCGACAGCUCUGACUCAGACGAGUCCAACCCUCUAAACUCGGAGUCCAACUCGCCCCAAGACAACGUCCCCCCACCACAGCCGCCACCGGAGGACUCCAAUCGGAAAAACUUUUUCUACGAUCGCCCGCUCGAGAACGGCCUGGACGUAGGCAUUUACAAGGCGAUACUGGUGGGGCAGGUGGGGCAGAGUCCGUUGCAGAAGAAGCUGAAGAGCGGGGCCACGGUCACCAUGUUUUCUGUUGGGACCGGCGGCAUUCGGAACAACCGGAGGCCGUUCAAUAACGAGGACCCGUCGCAGUACGCAAAUCGCUGUGCCAUUCAGUGGCAUCGCGUUUGCAUUUAUCCAGAUAAUCUUGGCAUGAUCGCCAUGAAGAAUGCUUUGCCUGGUUCACUUUUAUACGUGGAAGGUAAUCUGGAGACCAAAAUAUUCAGUGACCCAGUAAGUGGGCUUGUUCGACGUGUUAGAGAGAUUGCUGUUCGUAGAAAUGGUCGCCUUGUGUUUUUGGGUAAAGGUGAUGGUGCUGAACAACCGCCGAAAUGGGGGCUGAAAAGUGUUGGCUACUACUGA